AUGGCGGACGAAGAAGGUCGCUUGCCUUUGUCAUAUCCAAACCCUUCGCUGGGUCAGAUGGCAACGCCUGCAGGGGGCUCAGAAAGCUCUCACACCACCAAAACAACUCGACUGGGCCCUAGGCACCCAGUUCAAGGCGCCCGCCAGGUGGUUCUAGUCAUCUCACUUCUCCUGGGCCUCCUUUUCUCAACACUCGACACCUCAAUCAUUGCUACCUCUCUCAUCACAAUAUCGCAUGAGAUGCAGGACUUUUCAAAUGCCCCGUGGAUCGUUCUUGCCUAUCUUCUGACCUAUAUGGGUUUUGCGGUCUGGCAGUCCAAACUCAGCGAUAUCUACGGUCGACGAAAUAUGAUAGUGAUAUCCUGGGUUAUUUUCACUGGUUUCUCUUUGGGAUGCGCAACGGCCAAAGACAUGAUAUCCUUGAUAGUCUGUCGAGCUUUUCAAGGCGUGGGCGCUUCAGGCUUGUAUAGCUUGGCACAAAUUGGCCUGGUUGAGGUCGGUCCCGUGCAUCGUCCCAGUCUGGUCGGGGCAAUGAUCGGUGCAACUCUCGCUGUUGCUUUCGUUCUCGGCCCCAUCAUCGGGGGCGCUGUUUCCCAUUCCUCAGAUUGGAGAUGGCUCUUCAACAUGAAUAUUCCAUUCGGUCUGGUGGCUAUUCUCGCAAUUAGCAAUCUAUGGCCCUCAGAGCAAGUUUCAAGCAUUUUCUCUUGGGAUGCCUUUUCCAAAAUUGACUUCCUUGGAGGAGGCACCCUGCUCCUUGGUUCUGGCCUCUUGGUUUUUGCCAUUCAGCAAGCAGGCUCUCAAACAUUUGCUUGGGGAAGUCCUGCUAUUAUUUCUACUUUGGUCAUUUCUGGAUUGAGUUGGAUUGGGUUUGUAAUCUGGGAAAUCCGCCUUCAACUGGCACCUUCCCACCGGAUCGAGCCUAUUUUCCCGAUAAAGCUAAUGCUCCAUCGAGUAUACUCGGCUGGCCUCUUGGUAACUUUACUUACAGGAUUUCCUUAUAUCGCCCUGUGUAUCCUAAUCCCAGAGCGUUUUCAAAUAAUCAACGGUGAAAACGUCCUCAUGGCCGGAGUCCACAUUCUGCCCCUUCUUGGUGCAUGUGCGGCAGGAUCUUUCCUAGGCGGCGCGAUAUCGAGUACAAGAAACAACACGUCCCCUACACUAGUUCUUGCAUCUUGUCUUCAACUUCUUGGAACUGGACUUAUGAUGCUCGUCUCGUCUCCUGACUUCAGCCCUGAAUCUCAGUAUGCCUUCCAAGCUAUUUUUGGACUCGGGGUAGGCCUCUCAUUCUCGGCCGCAACAAUUAUGACCAACAUCAUGGCCUCAGAGGAUCAUGAAAGGGCCUCGGCUCAAGGCGCAGUCGCACAAGCCCGGGUUCUAGGUGGCUGUAUUGGUCUUUCUGUUUCUACCGUGAUAUUUAAUGGAUAUGCCAACCGUCACUUAAGUCACUUGUCAGAGAAGCAGCUACAAGCCCUUCAUCGAUCACCACUUACCGGGCUCCAAAUUCUGGAUGAAAGCGACCGAGAGCUGACCAGAAAAGCCUACGGGGAAGCCUUCUCUGAACAAAUCAAGAUGAUGAUGCUAAUCUGUGCCGCGAUGGUCGUCGUUUCCCUAUUCACCUUGGAACGAAACCCCGCGCCUCUGGAGCGACUUACUACCUACACCAAAGACCACGACCAGUCACCCAGAGGGAGCGACUCAGUCACGGAGCUGAAUGAUCUGCCCAGUGUCCGCCAGUCGAUUUAA